AUGAAAGAUGGUUCUUAUGAUAAGCUGGAUGAUGAUGGUCUUGUGCCACCAGGCACAAGAGUGUCCGGUGACGAUGUUAUCAUUGGAAAGACUACCCCUAUAUCCCAAGGUCAAGUAUUACGUUACACAAGGCGUGAUCACAGCAUAAGCUUACGUCAUAGUGAAACCGGAAUUGUUGAUCGAAUUGGUGACAAAUUCAGUAGUAGACAUGGUCAGAAGGGGAUAGUUGGUAUGACUUAUACAGAAGAAGACAUGCCCUGGACUGUGGAAGGCAUCACCCCUGAUAUUAUUAUCAAUCCGAAUGCUAUUCCUUCUCGAAUGACAAUUGGUCAGCUUAUUGAAUAA